GGAUAACACGACGUUCAUCCGCAACGCCUUCAUCCACAAAUGUAUGGAUUCAUAUUCCGGGCAAAUAUAUGAAUGGAAGCAGAAGUGGCUAGCGGAUAAGGUCCCAAAGUGGAUCAACAUGACCACUUGGGAGGAGUUGUGUGUCCAUUGGGACAAGGACUCGACGAAGCAGGUCUCUAACACCAACUCCGCCAACCGCAAGAGCGAUCGUGGCGGGAAGGGCAUGUACAAGCACAAUUUGGGUGCUCAGUCUAUUCCCACUCUCGCAGACAAGAUGGCGCAAGAAAAUGAAGGUGAGCCCGUGGGUGAUUUCCCUUUGUACAAGAGGAUCCACACCAACAAGACCACGGGCCAGAUUGAUGACGGUCUUGCGCAGGAGGUUGUCUCCCUGGUGGACAGUAUGACACAAGACGAGGAGGCCCGUCUCUCCCAGAUCCAGGCCGAUCUCGAUCUUGACGCCACAUCUACUGAGUCCACUGCCCUCUCUCAAGUCCGAAUCAACGAGCUUCUUGAAUCGGCGAUUCCAAAGAAGAAGGGACGUUUGGUCGGUUUGGGUCGUCGAUCCAAAUCGGUUCCUCCUACGUCUCAGGUGCCAGUUGAUCCUACUCUGAUGGAUCAACUGAAGGAUAAGGAUGAACGCAUCCGUCAGUUGGAGGAGAAGAUGGCGGCUCAAGAGAGAGCUAGAGAGGCAGACAGGAGGCGGAGUGAGAAGAUGAUGGCGGCCUUCAUGAGGCAAUUCCCGGACCAGAACUUCGACGUCGACGAGGACGAGUAGUUCUAACUUUAAUUUAUGUUUUAAACUUUAUUUUUAUUUUCUGUUUUGUAUGAAUAUUACUUUUGAACUAUUUAUAUUAUGUUUUUUAUUUUAAUUUUCAAUUUAAUAAUUAAUUUUCGAAUUUAAUAA